AUGUCAGGAGACUCAGAAUUAGGAUUCACUGAACAUUUAUUUAAAGUUUUGGUGAUUGGAGACCAUAAAGUUGGGAAAACCAGCUUUGUUAAACGAUAUGUGAAAAAUCAAUUCUACGAGGAGCUGAAAACGACUAUAGGUGUGGAUUUUUCCAUGAAGGUGAUAGAUUGGGACGGUCACACACGGGUCAGAUUACAGCUUUGGGAUAUAGCAGGUCAAGAGCGUGUAAGGGGACUGAACCGCGUGUACUUCAAGAGAUCCAGUGGUGCACUUGUUGUGUAUGAUGUGACAAACGGAUCAACAUUGGAUGGAGCUCUGAACUGGAAACAUGAACUCGAUGGUCAAGUAAUGCUGAAAAAUGGCCGUCCGAUCCCUGCUGUUCUAUUGGCCAAUAAAUGUGAUGAGACUAAAGUGUGCCGGAGGAAUGCCUCUCUUCUGGAGAAACUCUGCCAGGAGAAGGGCUUCAUUGGAUGGUUUCAGACAUCAGCAAAGGUGACUUGA